AAGUUGAAAAUAUUCAAUACUAUAUAUCGAUUAAAGUAAUAUCGAUAAAAUCAUUGCGACAACACAGUUCAAAUUAAUGAAACGCGCGAAGGCAAUUUUACGCAUCCCUUAUAACAUUUAUAAGAUUUCAUUUACUUUCGUAUACUAUUAUAUGUUCAAUUCGUUACAUUUUUCUUACAAUUUAUUAUGAUUCUAAUGAACAUGCUCAAAUGUCGUUGGUGCUUUUACAUACAAGCAAACCAAUGUACAAAAUAUCAAUUUGUCAAUUGUUUUUCUGUAACAAGUCAACAACGACAAGGAGUUAAACCAUUGCACCCACCGUGGGCAUAUAAAAUAACCGGUCGAUUUAAAUCAUUAUAUUUGUACAUCAAAUCGUCUUUUAAAGUAUUUUAAUUUUAAAAUAUCUUCAAAAAUGAAUUAUUGCUUAAAUAAUGAUUUUCUCUGACCCAUUUCGAUUGAUGUAAUCUAUAAAACACUACAGAUCAAUACGCGUCUUCGCGAGAAACGUCUAGCAAUCUUUCUGUCAAAUGUAGACUGAUGUGGACUUAUGUAUUUAGAACAGUACAAGUUUGAUCUAACUUUAGAAAUUGAUUUUGUACCGAAAUUAUAUUUUCACAAAUCAAGUAAUUGUCAUUUAACAAAAGAUAACAAUUUAUGUAUCAAAUCAUUUAAGGCAAAGAAUUAUGCAUACAGUAAAGUUACUGUCAGGAUAUGAUAUGCCAACUGUUGGUUUAGGUACAUGGCAGGCUAAACCAGAAGAAAUUGAAAGUGCUGUGUCAACCGCUUUAAACGUUGGUUACAGACACAUCGACACUGCAUUCAAUUAUAACAAUGAAGAGGCAAUUGGAACUGUAUUAAAAAAAUGGUUUGCAGAAGGUGGAAAGCGCGAAGAUCUGUUUGUAACUUCAAAGUUACCGAAUUAUGGUAAUCGACCAUCAGACGUAGAAAAAUUUAUUACUUUAUCGCUGAAGAAACUUGGUUUGGAUUAUUUGGAUAUGUACUUAAUUCACAUGCCUUUUGCUUUUAAAUUAAAUGAAAGUACUUGUACUCCAGCGACUAAUGAAGAUGGAAGUUACAUUCUAGACUUUGACACGGAUCCUGUUUCAGUCUGGAAGGAAAUGGAAGAACAAGUAAGAAAAGGUAGAGCAAGAUCCAUAGGUCUAAGUAAUUUUAAUGAAAAACAAAUUUUAAACGUAUGGGAGAAUGCACAAAUUAAACCAAGUAACUUACAAGUAGAAUUACAUGCUUACCUACAACAAAAUUCACUCAGAAAGUUGUGCCAAAUGCACAAUAUUAUUGUAACUGCGUACAGUCCCUUGGCAUCACCAGGAGCAAAAAAACAUUUUAAAACAAAAUACAAUCAUAACGUUGAAGAUUUUCCAGAUCUUUUGGGACAUCCAAUAGUACAAAAAAUAAGUACAGAACACAAACGUUCACCGGCACAAAUUUUACUGCGUUUUCUAUUACAAUUAGGUGUUGUUGUAAUUCCAAAAAGUUCAUCUCCAGAAAGAAUUAAAGCGAAUAUUGAUUUGUUUGAUUUUACAUUAAACAAAGAAGAAAUGGAACUCCUAAAAACCUUAGAUAAGGAUCAUUAUGGAAGAAUUUUUAAUUUUCUAUUUUUCAAAGGCGUUGAAAAGCAUCCGCAUUAUCCAUUCAAAGACGAAUUACAAUCCUAAUUAGAACGUUAUUAAUAUGUAGUUUGAGUAAGCGUAUAUUUAUAUAUUGCGAAUUAAGAAAUGAAGUACAAAAUGAAAAAUACAUGAAUAAAUGCACAACAUAAAAUGGAAA